AUGUUAACUGUACUCUGUAGGAAAUCUGCAGGGAGUAAAGUUUCAAGAGGGUCUAAACAAUGGCCACCAGCAAAAACGGUAAAUUCAAAACGCAGUCAAUCAUCUGAACUUCGUUCAACCAAGUUAAUGUCAAAAGUAAAACCCAUCGUUCCUCCAAACUUUGUAGAAAAUUUAUUUAAGCAGACACGGUUUACGAAGAAAGAAAUCGUCGGAUUGUGUAAACUAUUUAAAAAACUCGUCGCUAUUUAUGGCGCCGAAUCAACGUCUUCGGUAGCGGCAAUGAGCUCGGUUGUUUUAAUAACGAUACCAACGCAGGGUUUCGACCGGCUGAUGUUCAGAGAAUUCCUGCAAAACGAAUUCGGCAUUACAACCGAGGAGAUUUUGACGGAUCGCAUAUUUUGUUUUUUCGAUCAACGAAAUGACGGCGUCAUACACGAAGACGAAUGGAUAACUGGGCUGUCGGUGUUGCUGAGAGGCACUCAGGACGAACGGAUCAAAUACACCUUUACCAUAUACGACCUAAACAACGACGGAUUUAUAACUAAAGAAGAGAUUUUCAGUUUGUUAAGGAACUGUUUGGUCAAACAUCCGCAAGACGAGGAUCCAGACGAAGGCGUACGAGAACUUGUCGACAUUGUAUUGCGAAAAAUGGAUUGUGACAACGAUACAAAACUUUCUUUUGAAGAUUUUUCAACGUCUGUUAACAAACAAUCGUUAUUGCUUGAAGCUUUUGGACAAUGUUUACCAUCUAGAGAAAUUUCUGAGAGCUUUUUGAACUCUAUUAGCAGUGUGCAGUAA